UGAUGAUCUUCAUGAUGAAGACUGGAAAAUUUCAGGUUCUUUAUAGGAUCUAGAAACACGGAAGGAAGAAAAAAUUUUAUAGUGUUUUUUUGAAAGUUUGUUUACAAUUGACCGAUGCUAUUGACUUUUUAAAAAAUAAAACAUUGAAGAAGAUUGUAUUUAUGGUAAAAGCAAACUGGACUAACAAUGAGGCCAAAGACUUUUCCUGCCACCACUUAUUCUGGAAACAGUCGGCAGCGCUUACAGGAGAUAAGAGAAGGGUUGAAGCAGCCUUCUAAGACCUCAGCGCAGGGACCACCUGUGGGACCAAACAGCGAAGUUCCCCUGGAUGCUAAAGUCCUAGGGGGCAAGGAUGCUGCACGGCAGCAGCAGCAGCAACAGCAGCAGAUGCGAACUACACCCAAGUUUGGGCCAUACCAGAAAGCAUUGAGGGAGAUCAGAUAUUCCUUGUUGCCUUUUGCCAAUGAAUCAGGCACAUCUACCAAUGCCGAGGUAAACCGGCAGAUGCUGCAGGAGCUGGUGAAUGCUGGGUGCGACCAGGAGAUGGCGGGCCGAGCACUCAAGCAGACGGGCAGCCGGAGCAUUGAGGCGGCCCUGGAGUACAUCAGCAAGAUGAGUUACCUGGACCCCAGGAAUGAGCAGAUCGUGCGGGUCAUCAAGCAGACUUCCCCAGGAAAGGGCCCCACACCCAGCACUGUGCCUCGGCGUUCAAGCUUCGAAGGGACAGGCGACCCUUACCCGGCCUUCCAGCACCUGAGUGUUGGGGCGUAUGAGGGCCCUGCUGCCCUGGAGGAGGUGCCCAGGCAAUACAUGGACUUUGUCUUUGCGGGAGUCAGCCCCCACAGCCUGCCUGGCACCCACCCACACCAGCCCAAAGGCUACCCUGUGAGCAUGGAGGCAACAGGCUUUCCUGUGGGCAGCUCUGGAGGCCCAGCCCUCCCCCUGCCAAGCCCUCUCUACAGGACCCACAUGCUGGUGCCAGGGGAGCCCCUGGCAUUCGGGAUCCAGCGCAGCCCCUCCUUCCAGAACAAGGCCUCAGAAAACCCGAGCUACACUGGCCUCUCCUCCAAGGGUGCUGCCCUGCCACUGGGCUCCAGUCAUGGCUUCCAGCCUACAGGGCCUGUGGCGGGUCUGUAUGUGCCACACCCACAGCACUCCCACCACAAGCCACACCAGCUCCAUGUGGUGGGCUCCCGGGCCCCAGUAUUUGCUGGGGAUAGCCCUCCACAGAGCUUGCUCACCCCCUCUAGGAAUAGCCUCAACGUGGACCUGUAUGAAUUGAACGGGGCUCCGGGACAGCAGUGGCCAGCCACUACCCUGUCCCGCCGUGACUCCCUGCAGAAACAGGGCCUUGAGGCACCCCCGCGCCCACAUGCUGCCUUCCGACCUGAAUGCGCUGUCCCCAGCAGGACCAACUCCUUCAACAGCCACCAGCAGCCGGUGGCCACUGGGCGUGGCACGGUUCCUGGCAAAACGGAGCCUUCCCUGCCCUCCCCCAAUACUAUCACGGCUGUGACAGCUGCCCACAUACUGCACCCAGUCAAGAGUGUGCGUGUCAUGCGCCCUGAGCCUCAGACGGCCGUGGGUCCCUCCCACCCUGCCUGGGUGCCAGCAGCUGGGGUGGAGAGCCUGGACCCUAAGGAGGAGCACCCCACACCUUUGGGCGCAGCGAGUACCUACUCACUGGAGGCUGAGUAUGGCAGUCCUGGGCCUGAGCUGCGGUGCCCACCCCCACCCUAUCCCAAGCACCUACUGCUCCAGAGCAAGUCAGAGCAGUUUGACGUGGACAAUCUGUGUGUUGGCAUGGAGCAGGGCCUCCGGGGCAGCCAGGCAGCAGAGCCCACUGCUGAACGCAGUGACAAGAGCCACAAAAGCACCAAGAUGGACAAAGGGGGGAAGGAUAAGAAGCAGAUUCAGACAUCCCCUGUACCGGUGCGUAAGAACAGCAGGGAUGAAGAGAAGAGGGAGUCUCGCAUCAAGAGCUACUCACCAUAUGCCUUCAAAUUCUUCAUGGAGCAACACGUGGAGAAUGUUCUGAAGACCUACCAGCAGAAGGUCAGCCGCCGGUUGCAGCUGGAACAGGAAAUGGCCAAAGCUGGACUCUGUGAAGCUGAGCAGGAACAGAUGAGGAAGAUCUUGUACCAGAAGGAGUCGAAUUACAAUAGGCUGAAGAGAGCCAAGAUGGACAAGUCCAUGUUUGUGAAGAUCAAAACCCUGGGCAUCGGGGCCUUCGGGGAAGUGUGUCUGGCUUGCAAGGUGGACACACAUGCCCUUUAUGCAAUGAAGACACUGCGCAAAAAGGACGUGCUCAACAGGAACCAGGUGGCUCACGUCAAGGCUGAGAGGGACAUCCUGGCCGAAGCCGACAAUGAGUGGGUGGUGAAGCUCUACUAUUCCUUCCAGGACAAAGAAAGCCUGUACUUUGUGAUGGACUACAUUCCUGGAGGUGACAUGAUGAGUCUGCUCAUUCGCAUGGAAGUGUUCCCCGAGCACUUGGCCCGCUUCUAUAUAGCUGAGCUGACCCUGGCCAUUGAAAGUGUCCACAAGAUGGGCUUCAUUCACCGUGACAUCAAACCAGACAAUAUUCUGAUAGAUCUUGAUGGCCAUAUCAAACUGACCGAUUUUGGCCUCUGCACUGGAUUCAGGUGGACUCACAAUUCCAAGUACUACCAGAAAGGUAGCCACAUCAGACAGGACAGCAUGGAGCCUGGUGACCUCUGGGACGACGUGUCUAACUGUCGCUGUGGAGACAGGCUGAAGACCCUAGAGCAGAGAGCGAGGAAGCAGCAUCAGCGGUGCCUGGCACACUCCCUGGUCGGGACUCCAAACUACAUUGCACCUGAAGUACUUCUUCGAAAAGGGUACACACAGCUCUGUGACUGGUGGAGCGUCGGGGUGAUCCUCUUCGAGAUGCUGGUUGGGCAGCCACCCUUCCUGGCCCCCACUCCCACGGAGACCCAGCUGAAGGUAAUAAACUGGGAGAACACACUCCACAUUCCAGCCCAGGUCAAGCUGAGCUCGGAGGCACGUGACCUCAUCACCAAACUGUGCUGUGCCGCAGAGCGGCGGCUCGGCAGGAAUGGGGCUGAGGACCUGAAGAUACACCCAUUCUUUGCUGCCAUGGACUUCUCCAGUGACAUCCGGAAGCAACCUGCUCCUUAUGUACCCAAGAUCAGCCACCCCAUGGACACCUCCAACUUUGACCCAGUAGAGGAAGAAAGCCCCUGGCACGAUGCGAGUGGAGACAGCACAAAAGCUUGGGACACACUCACCUCCCCAAAUAACAAGCACCCCGAGCAUGCCUUCUAUGAGUUCACCUUUCGGAGGUUCUUCGAUGACAACGGCUACCCAUUUAGAUGUCCGAAGCCCUCAGGAACAGAUGCCUCUCAGGUGGAGAGCUCAGAUCUAGAGAGUCCUGGCUUUGACAAGCAGGCAGAAAGCUGUCAGCCCGUGUAUGUGUAGACAGUGGCACCAUGGGUAUGUGGCCAGUUGUUUCUGUAGACAGUGAGUUGGUAGCACCAUGGCUGUGGCUGUGCUGCUUCAGAGGUUUUGGGCCCUCCAUGAGGUUGAGGUUAGCUUUGUUUUGAAGUUAGUCUAAUGGUUUCUUCUCUUGUAAGUCUAGUCUUCACACACACAAAAAGCCCCAAACAAAACGUAGGUCUUUAUUUCUCCAUUCUGGAUGACAGGAAAGUGUACAUCAGCAUUGCUUUGAAUUGGUUUUAGAGAACUUUAACUGCAUUAAACUGCAUUAAAACUAUUUUUUUUACUUUAGUAUAGUUUAGAAAGAGCACUUAUUUUGUUUAUAGCCAUUUUUCUUACUAAAUUGUAGGGAUUAACUUUGACAAAUCAUGCUGCUGUUAUUUUCUACAUUUGUAUUUUAUCCAUAGCACUUAUUCACAUUUAAGAAAAGAUAUAAAAACUGAAGAACAUGGGAUAAGAAAUCUCUGUGCAAUAAUGUUAAGAGAGAGCGAGAGAGAGAACACUGUUCUGAUGUUAAUUGUACCAUUUUUCUUCACACAAUGGUUUUUAUUCCCCACCCCACAUUUCAAAAAUUGUGAUAUAAUGUUAAAUGCUGCUUUUUUAAAGUUUUUUGUUUUUGCAUAUUAUAGUAUAAUAGAAAGUGAACAAGGUGGUUUUGUGGGUAUGAUUUCAGAUGUCUGGUGCAUGAACAGUAUCUUUCUAUUAUAAAGUUACCAUAUCUUGCCAUUCACAGCAGGUUCUGUGAAUAUGUUUUUACCAAGUAUCUUAAGUGUGUUAGCCAGUGUGCUGAUAAUGUAUCAUGUAGGGUGCCUUCUUUGCUAUGAUUGCAUCCCGUAUUUUGUUAAAAAAAAAAAAAAAAAAAAGAAAAGAAAAGAAAUGCAGAUGUAUAAUGGAAAUGAAGUUUGUGUGUGUGUGUGUGUAUGUGUGUGCGUGUUUUGUGAGUAAUGAAUUAGGGGGGGAGGGUAAACAUUUAUCAUAUAUGAAACUUGUAUACAUCAAAAGGGAUUCACUGAGCAAUGCCAAAACCUGUUGACUUAUUCCUGGAGCUGUGCUCAUUUCACCAGUCAGUUUGACUUGUGAAGCCAAGAGCUACAGCCAAGUGCCAAGCGCUUCCCAUCCUCAUGUGCAGGAUGCUGCGACCCUCUCACCAACAGCAGACAGUGCGCUCAAGUGCUGCCAGCAUGAGGUCUGGUCACCUGAGAGAACUGUCACAUUCUUCCUAUUGUGCUUUCACAUAUCAAUUUUAACUUGGUUAAAAAAAAUACUUUUUUCUCAACCUUGUGAAAAAGCAAGCAGUAUUCAAAGUGACAUUGGGAUACAAAAUAAUUAAGCCAUAAUUAUUUUCUUAGUCAUGUAGGUGUAUAUAUAACUAUAUAGGUAAGCACAUCAGAUAUUUCUUAUUUAAAUUAGUAUGAUUCCUAUUCAAAGUGAUUUAUAUUUGAAUAAAAAGUUCAAUUCUCUUUUUUUUUUGCUUUUUAAAAAGCUGAUGCUUCAUAUUUUUAUUAUAUUAUUACACAUAAUUUUCCUUCCAUUGUUUAGCAUAAUGUAUCCAUUAUUUAGUCUGUCCCUGGGCAACAACACUUAGAAGUCUAUCAAUGCCUAUACAAAAAGAGCAAACAAAUCCUGUGUGCUGGUUUACAUGUGUAUGAGUGGCAGGCUAUAGCUCACUGUGUGGCCAAGCGUGUCUGGACUCUUGCUGUUUGCUAGGAAUGCCAUGUUGUUACUCACAGUGCUCUGACAGUCCUUUAUGUGGUAGGUCCUUUCUCAGGAACUCAAUAUAACUAUUAUUUAUUGAUAUAUCUUUGCCUAUGAAAAGCUUCUACUGGCACAAUUUCUUAUUAAAAUUUUGAACCCAUA